GUGGCAGAGUCUGCUUUGAGUGCCUGUAUACAAGACCCAAUAUUUCAUCGGGUUAGGGAUGUAGCUCCAAACAAGGUUUUGGUUUUCACAGUGCCUAAGACUUGUACAACAUGGCUCAAUUGAAUGUGCCAGUGCUACAGUUCAAGAAUUCUUCUGUCUUUGGAAUCCAUCCAACGACACAGUUUAUUUGCUUCCAGACACAAAGUAGAAGUAAUUCCUCACGGUUAACUAAGAAGCCAUUAGUGGUUGAAGCUAGAGCAAAUGCUAGAACAGAAAGUCCAAAACUUCGGAACAGAAGGAUUCAGAAAAAGUUCAAUGGAACUGCUAGAAAUCCAAGGCUUUCAGUAUUUUGCUCAGAUAAGCAAUUGUAUGCAAUGCUUGUAGAUGACAAGAAUAAGAAGUGUUUGUUCUAUGCAAGUACACUGCAGAAAUCGAUUCGAAAUCCCCCAUGCAGCACUUCUGAAGCUGCUAAACGUGUUGGGGAGGCACUUGUCAAAGCCUGUACAGACCUCAACAUAAAUGAAAUAUCGUCCUAUGAUCGCAAUGGACUUUACCGUGGACAAAGGUUGGAAGCCUUUGAGAUUGCCAUUUCCAGUUAUGGAUUCUUGCCGGGAUAGGUCUGCCUCUGAAAGCUUGAGCUCUUGUCAAAUUUACAAUCCACUGGAGUCAAUGCUUUUCUAUGUAGAUAUUAUCACUUUUUCAGAGUAGUAGGUUGUAAUCUCAUCAGGUGAUUAGUCAUUACUGAAAAGUAGAAGGAACUAGAAAAUCAGCGGUCCAAUUGUUAUGGAACUUGAAGUCAUUUUCAUUUCUGAAUCACAUUGUUUUUACAUUA